CAUCCAUCUAGCCAUCCAUCCAUCUGCUGCGUACGCUUGGCUGGUUGAAUUCAUGUGCGCUGCGCUCAUGUGUUUCUGCGCUAUAGUGCUAUGGUGCUAUCGUGCUGUGGUGUGCUCGACUCGACUCGCCUCAACUCGUCCACACACAUUUCGCAAGUUAUACGUGUAUAUGUAUAUGCAGCGCAAGCGUUGUAGUUGUUGUUGCUGCACUGCUGCUUGCUUGCUAUCUGCUGCCGCCGCGCUACUUGAUAUACUUCAUAGCGCUGAGUGCGAGCGCGCUCCAUUGUAUAUGAGUACAUGAGAGCGUGUGUGUGUGUUUAUCUGCCUAUCGGAGUGUCGUCGGCAGCGGCUAUUAUUUACCCCCGCCAAGUGUAGUUGCCGUUGUGAUUGACAAGCCCAGUGUGUGUUUGCCUUCGAAACGCGUACAACGUGUGCUGUGUAGAAAGCGAAAUAUAAUAAGCGUAAAUUUCCAAUUCAUUUUUGUUACCCAAACAAAAAAUCGCAACAAUAACAAUACGAAAAUUCAUUCAUUCUACUUUACAAAUCGGCACAUUCUACAACGGUAACGUGAAACGCGUUUUAACGGUAUAUAAAUAAAUAAAAAAUUUGAAUCAACAAAAUCGCGGAUUCGUAUUCAUUCACCUUGUAAACGCGAAAUAUAUUUAUUUGAAAAAAAAAACAACAAAAAACAUUUUUGCAAUAUAUUUUGCAUAUUUACAAUACGCCGCAAUAAAAGUAAAUCAUUUACAACAACUGUGACUGUUGCGCGCGCUUAAAGUGCAUAGAACGCGCCGCAAAUUAAACGCUGCUGCAUUGCCGUCGCUAGUCUGGAGCAUCUAGCAUGCAUUAGCAGGACUUUUGCACUUUUGCCAGUUGACACACAGGAUUUCUACGUAGCAGCGUUGCAACGGGCAGCGCACUGUUAGCCAUUUCGUCAGUUAGUCGCCGCAGUCAGUUAGUCGGCGUGUAGGUGCGUUCUAAGAAGUGCGCGUGAAAUUAUUGUGUGUGUUGUGCUGAGUGUUCUUCAGUCGAUUUUCGUGAGUGCAGCAGCAGGUCGCGCCGACUUAAACAGGCCAGGCAGACAGUCGUGCAAACAACUUAGCCACAGAAAACAAAUCAUUUGCUAGUUGCUGCUGCCACUCUACGCGCGAACGGUGUAUACAAAACGCCCAGCUAAAUCACAAACAAAAAUUUUCGUUUUGAAAAAAGUUACGCGUGAAGUUAUGCGAGAAAGUACAUUACAGAUAUAAAAAAUAUCUAAAAUAUAAAAAAUAAAAUUUUUGUCGAAAAAGAACUGAAACUUGAUUUGUGUGUGAAACUUUUAAUUUGCCAUAAAGGAAAAAUAUAACAAAUUUAUUUCUUUGUUUUUAUUUGCGAAUUCAUCCAUAAGUUGCUGCAGUUGACCAGCUUUUAAACAAAAUAUUUUCCAUUGUGAAGUUAAAACAAUUUUGUUUGUGAACUCUAAGCACUUCCAGCCGCUAUGUCAGUUAGUGAAACGCGUCGGUAAUUAAAGUGAUAAGCGUGUUUAUUGUCGUGAACGUCGUCGGUGAAAAAAAUCGUGCAAAACCAGCAGAAGAACUGACAAUACGUAGUGCAGAGAUUUGCGUGAACGUAAUUAAUUACAAAAAUAUAAUUUGCUUACGAUUUAUUUUUGUAGCAAACAAAAAAACAAAAUACAACCAAUAAUUUUACAAACAAAAUAAGGAGUAGGAGAUUAAAAUUGAAAAUUUGAAAGAAAUCAAGAAAUUCCUGCUUGAUAGGCGAGCGUACGAAGUCGAUGAAGCUGUGAUAUUUGUGAGCAUAUAAACGCUAACAACAACAACUACUAAAGCAAAAGAAAACGUACUAGAGGAAUUUUUCGCAUUUUCAUAAGCAAGCAAGAAAGUCAACAACAAUAACAACUACAGAGGAGGCGUUAAAAAUUUUACCUACAACACAAAAGCAACUUAACUUUUCCACGGAAACUUUGUAUACGAGCAACAACUGCAACAAAAACAACGAGUGUUAGAAAAAUAUAGGCGGUCUUGACAAGCAAGCAAAGCAAGCAACAAAUGUAUGUAAAUAUAUGACAGCUGCAUUCAGUAGACGCAAACAAAUAAAAACAACAACAAUAAGACACAGGCAAGAAGGUACGCCAGAGAUUUGCGAACAAAAGUCAAAUGUCAAGCCGCUGAGCAACAACAAAGCAACCAACCAACCAAUCCCGAAGCAAUCAAGUAUACUAAAAAACGCAAAAUUAUAUACGAGCACUAAGCGCUAAAACAAACAAAAUAAAAUAUAUUAAUUAAUAAAUAUAAAUUUAAAGGAAUAUAUUGCAAAUAUAUAAAAAUUAAAACAACAAAAAAAAAUAUUCCACAAACCAUAUACAAGCAUUGUAUACGAUUUUAAAGCAAAUUAAAUAUUAUAACAAAAACAAAUUAAAGGCAUAAACUACACAGAAAAAAACUAACAAUAAACUGUUAUACACAACAACAAACAACUGCAAUAAAAAAGCAUAUUUAAAAAAAUAAAAAUAUUUUACUUGCAACAAAUUGAUAAUUAUAUGUACGUUCCGUCGCGUUUUACCGUCGCGUGUGUCGUUCGAGCUAAUUCCAACCAACCACAAAACAAAUAAAUUGCAAACAAAUGUGCCUGUGUUGAAGUAAUAUUGUAAAAGGAAGAGAAAAUUAAAAAAUAGAAAAAACAGCAGUGUGAAAAAAAAUUUGCAUGCAUUUCACUUGCAAUUUGCAACUUAGAGUGUUGUGUGUAACUCAAACAAGUUAAAAUUUCAAAAGAAUAAAUAACAAUUUUCAUAUACUAUCAGUUAAUAGAGCAUUAAUUUAGUGGACUUGCGAGUCAACUAGAGAGCAAAAAGCCCGCACCCAACAAGCGUCGCAACUUCUAAUCCAAAGCGUAACAACUCGUGCUGCUUGCAAAAGUGGCACAGGUCGGGCUGGACAUCGCUCCCAGAGCAUUAAUGGCUCAACCUAGGUAUGACGAUGGCCUGCAUGGCUAUGGUAUGGACUCGGGUGCUGCAGCAGCUGCCAUGUACGAUCCACAUGUCGGACAUCGGCCGCCCGGAUUACAAGGCCUACCCACGCAUCAUUCACCGCACAUGACACACGCUGCUGCGGCGGCGGCAACAGUUGGCAUGCAUGGCUACCACACUGGCGCUGGUGGUCAUGGUACACCUAGUCAUGUAUCACCGGUUGCUAAUCACUUAAUGGGCGCAAUACCCGAAGUACAUAAACGUGAUAAGGAUGCGAUCUAUGAACAUCCACUAUUCCCGCUCUUGGCGCUAAUAUUUGAAAAAUGUGAACUGGCCACAUGUACGCCCCGGGAACCCGGCGUGCAAGGUGGUGACGUCUGUUCGUCAGAAUCAUUCAAUGAAGAUAUAGCAAUGUUCAGCAAACAGAUAAGAUCACAGAAACCCUACUACACAGCGGAUCCCGAAGUCGACUCACUGAUGGUGCAAGCAAUACAAGUACUUCGGUUUCACCUUUUAGAGUUAGAAAAAGUGCAUGAAUUAUGCGAUAAUUUCUGUCAUCGAUAUAUCUCAUGUUUAAAGGGUAAAAUGCCAAUAGAUUUAGUGAUUGACGAACGGGACACCACCAAACCACCAGAAGUAGGUUCAGCUAAUGGUGAAGGAAGAAGUAAUGCCGACUCGACAUCGCACACCGAUGGAGCUAGUACACCAGACGUUCGGCCCCCUAGUUCUCAAUUGUCAUAUGGUGGCGCCAUGAACGAUGACGCUAGGUCGCCGGGCGCUGGUAGUACACCUGGCCCACUAUCACAACAACCACCUGUCUUAGACACAUCAGACCCUGAUGGUAAGUUCUUAUCAUCACUAAAUCCUUCAGAACUAACAUAUGAUGGUCGAUGGUGUCGAAGAGAAUGGUCAUCACCUGCCGAUGCUAGAAAUGCAGAUCCCUCAAGGCGAUUAUACUCCUCAGUCUUCCUCGGCAGUCCUGACAAUUUCGGCACAAGUGCAAGUGGUGACGCCAGCAAUGCCAGUAUAGGCAGCGGCGAGGGCACCGGCGAAGAGGAUGACGAUGCGAAUGGUAAAAAGAACCAAAAGAAACGUGGCAUUUUCCCAAAAGUAGCAACAAAUAUUUUAAGAGCGUGGCUGUUUCAGCAUUUAACGCAUCCCUACCCCUCCGAGGAUCAGAAAAAACAGUUGGCGCAAGAUACCGGCCUAACGAUACUGCAAGUGAACAAUUGGUUUAUUAAUGCGAGGCGAAGAAUUGUGCAGCCAAUGAUCGACCAAUCGAAUCGCGCAGUCUACACACCACAUCCGGGUCCAUCGCCGUACGGUCAUGACGCCAUGGGCUAUAUGAUGGAUAGUCAAGCGCAUAUGAUGCAUCGUCCACCCGGUGAUCCCGGUUUCCAUCAAGGUUAUCCACACUAUCCACCCGCCGAGUAUUAUGGCCAGCAUUUGUAAUUAACCGAUGCAGUUGAGAGUCAGGACUAUAGUCAAAGUCAUGGGCAAUCAACUUUGGAGGUGGCGACAGCAACAGAUGUGGCAGCAGCAGCAGCAGCAGCAGCAGCAGCAGCGGCAACGGCAACGGCGGCGGCAGCAGCCGCACUGGUGUCUACACCUACACUAACAACAUAGCAAAACAAAAACAACAACAACAAAAAUGUAAACUAAAGUAGUUAAAAAUAAAAGCAAAAACAACAAACGCACCAAAAUACUAAAGAAAAAAAAAUACAAAAAAAAUUGAUGCAAAUCAACACACAAUUAUCUCAAAAAAAUGCAAACAAAAAACACUUGUGCUAGCAAAAAUUGCAUAAUCGACGAUGAAAAAUCGUUUCUGUACCCCACAAGCAUCGGCAGCUGUAUGCAACAGCGACGCAUGUACAACUUCUACUGCUGCAUAAUGGCUGGCGUAUGCAUCAGAUCCCGAAAAAACCAACGAUACACUCAUCUUACAGAACUUUGACUGUACAAAUGCUUCAAAUACGCCAAUGCACCAGCUUUACCAACACCACACACAACUUUACUAACGCCUAUCGCCUCAUACGUAAUUGGAUUCUAAGCGUUGCAAAAACAAAAAUUGCAAAAUUUUAAAGCUUUCAUACAACAACAAAAUCUAGAGCUUCUAUUUUGCCUCAAAAGUCCCUGGAAUAUUAAAAGCUAUAUGUGUGCCUAAACGAAAAUCGCAGCAAAUCUAAACAAAAAUUUUAAACUGGAACACUAAAAAAAGGAAAAAGCUUUUGACUUAGGAAAAGCUUUUGACUCCAUAGGACUUUUGUAAAUAAUAAAUGUUGUAAAAAGUUAUCGAAUUUCGAAAUGAAAAUAUGAAAAAUUUUGUUUAUGUCUAACUCGAAAAAAUCUGCAAGUUGCUAAAAUUAUAUAAUUUUUUUAAAUACUUCAAAAAAAUAGUGUAAUAUAUACAAACAACAAAUUUAGUUAAAUAUUUUGGUAGAAAUUUGCUGCAAAAGCUUCAAUAACUAUUUUAUAAAUACUGUAAAGACUUUCUUAAACAUUUCAAUUAAUAUAAAAAGCGCUUUCGAGUUUUUUAAGAGCUUUCACAUAAGCUUUCACAAGAAAAAGAUACUGCAUAUAUUUUUUCUAAAUUUCUACUAGCGCUCAACAAUUCCUGCUAUUCAACUACUGAACAAUUCUUACAACUAUAACCUUCUUUUACCGUUACACACACCCCACACCCACACACAUGCAGUCAAAGUUCAAAUCUUGAGCGUUUCACGCAGAAAGUUGUUGAUCUCCUUACUAAAUGCGACUUAAAAGCAGGUACACGGUGUAGAAGCAUACAAAUAAAUAUACAUUUAAAAUAAAUAAUAUAUAUAAUAAUAAAACUGAGCAAACAAAAAGCACUUGAAUGCAUGCAAAAUAAAAUAAAAUAAAACAAAAGAAAAUAUUAAACAAAUUGUGGCAAUAUCAGUAAAUUUAAAUAGUAAAAAUAUACAUACAUAAUAAAUGACUAAAAAAUGAAGAAAAUAAAUAAUUAUAAUACACGUAACUACCAGCAUAUGUAUAAAUAGCUACUAAUUCUAAAGUACAUAGUAACAUACAUACAUACAUAAACACUAUUGAAACGAUGAUAUUAUUUUAAAGCUUACAAUGCGGCAAACAAAUGCACAGCGCGAAAAAAAGGCAAAUAAAAUAUGAAAAAAUAUACAUACAUACAUACAUAUAACUUAAAUUAGCAGCAAAUUUCAGAGCACACAAAUUUGCAAAAAACAAAAAUGAAAAUGAAUAUGAGAAAAAUAUACAAACUGUAAAAAUUCAUACAAAAGUGCGUAAAUUAUUAGUAAUAAAACAAGUUUAUAUGUUUGAGAAAAAAAAUAAAAAAUAAAAUAAAGAAGAAGCAGCAACAAGUAAAGUAAGCAAAUCCAUUGAAAAUCCAUUGAAAUGUGAAUGCAAAUGAAAAUAAAAACAAAAACAA